UUCAACGAGCGUGUCUUCCGAGACUGGACCGCUACACACUUAACUUAAACUUUAAACAUAUACAUAUAUGUAUAUAUAUGUAAAUAUCUACCUGUGCAAUCUAUUCAGACGUCCAAAGUUUUAUCAGAUUUCCCAACUUUAUCGCGACACCGGUAGUGCUCCAAAAUAACUAUACCUAUAUCUUAUAUUCCAUUACAUUAAACUACACAACAUUAAAUUAGUAAUGUACGUACAUAUAUAAUAGUUAAACUACUUAACUUUGGUACUGGUAAACUAGUAACAACGUGAAAGUGAUGGUGAUUAUCUGUUGUCGAAUACCUUAAAUCUUUCCUUAAGUACAUUUCACUUAACUCUUAAUUGCAACAAUAAUAAUAAUUACUCCUGCUAUUAAUCAUCAGUGCAAUUAAGUACAUCAGUGUGUAUUCAAAAAAUAUAUACAUAUAUUUUAAAAAAUGUAUAUGGAUUGGAUAACAUUAUAUGUGUGCUGGUGAAUGAAUAAAUGUAGUUUUAAAUUUACCGUGUGGUUUUUAUACAUGUCACUGUUUUUUAUUUAUGCUGCUGUGCGUAUAUAUAAGCCGCUCCAGGAUUGGAUUGGCAAUAAGGUUGCACUCGCGAAUGACUCGCGCAAUGUGAAUGAUUGAGUGGAACGUAUCGCAUCGAUGAAUGAUGCCAUGUGUUCUUGGCAUGGUUGAAAUGCGAUCGGACGCCGAUUAAAUUGUGCUCUUAUAUAUAUAUAUAUAUGUGUGUUGAUGUGUAUAUAUGUUAAUAUACGAGGCUGUGUAGGAAGGUAUAGUGUGACAAAUAGUUCAGUGUAGAUGGAAGUAACCUCAAGUAUGUUUAUUGUGGAAUGUCACGUGUAGUCGAGCAGGAGAUGUCCUACUGAGAUUUUAACUCGACUUACAUAUUUCCUAUCAAUUGAUACACGUAACUAUUGAUUGAUUAGUGGAUGGUAAAAAAAGUACAUAUAUAUGUACAACAAAUAUUGAUUUUUAUCGCGAGUGGUUUUUGUUUAUGUUCGUUUUGUUAUAAUAUUUGGUCGUUAAAAUUGUUCUGUUUGACGUGCUGUGACAACAGUGACGUAAUUUAAGAGUGUGUUGAGGAUAAGAUGCAGUGAAUGCAUUGGUUUAUUAUAGAAGAGUAUUGUGGGUAUUUAUUAUUCAUAAGAUCAUCUUCGAACCUGGAAUUUUAAUCACUUGUUUUUCAUUCAAAUAUAUUUACAAUUAUUUUUGUAUUUAUAUAUACAUAUUUUUUUAUAUAUUGGAUAUUGUCUGCAGUGAGGUUUUGUUUCUACUGUGAAGGAAUUAUAUUUGAUCGAUAGAUAUAUUAGCUUGGAAAUCAAUUACUCUUUUUUGUGAUAAUAGAACAACCACUCACACCCAGUCUACAGAAUUAACGAUUGACAGCCAUCACGCGUAGUCAAAGCUCGAGGCCUCACCAUGGAGUGCGGCAAGGGUCGGCGGAGAGGCCUACUUGGCAGUUUUAUCCUUGUCUGGUUUUUCAUCAGCGAUUGUAUUGUCGCUGCACGAGAGAGAGAACGUUAUAAUGUUUAUGAUACGGCGUAUGAAUGUGAGGGUAAAACAUUGAGGAUAGAAUGCGGAGAGGGCGAAUUGAUACAUCUGAUAAGAGCUAACUAUGGAAGGUUUUCGAUAACAAUAUGCAAUGAACACGGGAAUACAGAUUGGAGCGUCAACUGUAUGUCUCAGAAAUCAUUCCGCGUUCUCUAUAACAAGUGCAAUGAAAAACAAAACUGCAGUAUCACAGCUUCUACUUCGCAUUUUGGUGACCCUUGUCCAAGUACACUAAAAUAUCUUGAAGCCCAUUAUCAGUGUCGAUCUGCUGCAACGACAACAACGACAUCAAGACCAAGUCCACCGUGGUUGAUAACCACUCAGCCAAGUGUAUGGACUACGGGCAGUCCCAGCGUGAGACCGCCAUCCAGGACAACGAGUUUCCCAGCUCAACUGCCGGCAAUAACCACCCUCGGUCCGUCCAUAACAACCCCAUCUAGUCCGGCAAGUACGUCUCGAGCAGUCGUUGUAGAUGAAACAGAGGACAUUGAACGCAAUGAUUCGAAUCCACCUUCAAAGGAUAAUGUUAGUCCCUUGGCUCCCGUUGUUCCAGAAACAACUGAGUCAUCAACAGAACAUCAUUUCGUAUCAUGGAAAACCAGCCGUCGACCUAUUGUUUCGACGAGUAUUCCGUACACCGAGCACAAUUCAAACGGGAAAUGGCACGAGUACAACCGACAAGUUUGCCCGCCAACGGCAGCACGACAUCUCAUCUGGAAUGCGACACGAGCCGGUGACAUUGCAGUACAAAGCUGUCCCGGUGGAGCUAACGGUUUAGCGAGGUGGAGAUGCGUUGCUACUGAGGAUUCGGCCACCUGGUACCGUGAGUCCCCAGAUCUCAGCGAGUGUCGAUCUCUGUGGCUCACUACCUUGGAGAGCCGCGUCAUCGAGGGCGAUACUAUCUUGGGAAUAAGCAGCGAGUUGGCUCUCGUAACCGACAACAGUAGAAUACUGUACGGUGGUGAUAUGAUGAUAACCACCAAAAUAAUUAAAAAUAUGGCGGAAAAAAUGUCACAGAAUAUUAGAAAUUAUGAGGAUCUAGCUCAGAGAGAAGUCAGCGUAACAGAGCUGCUACAAAGUGUCAUCCGAACUGGAAGUAAUUUGCUUGAUAAAACACAAAUGGCGUCUUGGAAAGACUUGAGUCAUCAAGAACAAAUGAGGGUCGCCACAUCAUUGCUAAUUGGACUUGAAGAAAACGCUUUUCUGCUUGCGGAUACUCUCAAACAUCAGAAAACUAUCGUACAAGAAGGAAAAAAUAUAUUAAUGGAAGUACGUGUACUAGAAAUCCGUAAUAUCGUCGCCGGAUCCGAAAUAUUCCCAUCGGAAUCAGUACAAGAGAGAUGGACGACAUCAAACAAUCACGUUGAACUCACAAGACAAUCGUUGUUGGAGAACAGCAGCGAAGAUGGUAUCGUUCGACUAGUUUUCAUGGCAUUCGACCGUCUCGAGGAGAUACUGCAGCCGCAAAUCGAAGAGUCAUUCGUAAGUUUAAACGACGAAGCGAGACCACCGCGUAAUAUCAGCAACAGAAUACUCAACAGCAAAGUUAUCUCGGCAUCUCUGGGAAAAGGUCGGCACAUACAGCUAUCCGAGCCCGUUCGUAUAUAUUUUGAGCACCUUACCGUUGAAAACGUAACUAAUCCCACUUGUGUAUUCUGGGAUUACAUAAUGAGCGCGUGGUCAGAGGAAGGCUGCCGUACUACGAGGAGCAAUGAGACCCACACUGUUUGCGAGUGUACUCACCUCACAAACUUUGCGGUCCUGAUGGACGUCCACGCAGUUAAACUGGACAUGGCCCAUCAAGUCGCGUUGCAAAUCAUCACUUAUAUCGGGUGCAUCAUCUCUGUUGUCUGUCUCGUUCUCACUAUCAUGACAUUUCAACUCUUUCGCGGACUCAAGUCGGAUCGUACAACCAUUCAUAAGAAUCUUUGUGUCUGUCUACUUAUCGCAGAAGUAUUAUUUGUUUGCGGGAUCGGACAAACCGACCAAAGAAUCGUUUGCGGAGUUGUCGCUGGUCUUCUUCACUUCUUCUUUCUUUGUGCAUUUGCCUGGAUGUUCCUCGAAGGUUUUCAAUUGUAUGUUAUGCUGAUAGAAGUGUUUGAAGCUGAAAAAUCGCGCCUACGUUGGUACUAUUUAAUAGCAUACGGCGGUCCGUUGCUAGUUGUUGCAAUUUCUUGCAUAAUAGAUCCACUAAGUUAUGGCACUGAUCGAUACUGCUGGCUGAGGGCAGACAACUAUUUCAUCUUUAGCUUCGUGGGACCCGUCAUACUUGUAAUACUGGCAAACUUGGUCUUUCUGUCGAUGGCGAUAUAUAUGAUGUGUCGACACGCAAACACCACGGUAUCUAUGAAAAGCAAAGAACACUCACGGCUCGCGAGUGCUAGUGGAAAGGAAGAGAAUGUUCUUCCCAACAAAUUGCAAGCGCACUUGGCAUGGCUACGAGGUGCCAUCGUAUUAGUAUUCUUACUAGGAUUAACAUGGACCUUUGGACUGCUCUAUUUAAAUCAAGAAUCCGUGAUAAUGGCGUACAUAUUCACUGUACUAAACAGUCUGCAAGGAAUGUUUAUAUUUGUCUUUCAUUGCAUUCAAAAUGAAAAGGUACGUAAGGAGUACAGAAAAUUCAUAAGAAGGCACUCGUGGCUACCAAAAUGUCUGCGUUGUUCAAAGACUGUAACAGGAAGUUCCGGAGGGGGUUCAUCAGGUACAAGUGUGGGUGCUGCGGGAGUUAACGGCGGGAAAGACUUUUCAUCGCACAACACAUCGUCAAAUCCAUCAGCCCCGACAACUGAUAGCUCCGGAUUAUCGCCGCAUGCGGCAUCAAAUUACUUGAUGUCCGGGCGAGGCUGGCCAAACAACGAUAGACAACCAGUGGCACCAGUGGCACCAGUAACUUGCGAGACGGCAUCUACAGAUGCAUCCGCAGUCGCUACUUUGCCACACACUCGUCACGCAUUCUUUCCGUCAGCUCCUAAUAUCCCAAAAUCUGCAACCGCCACUUGGGGACCUAUUAACAAAAACCUCAUGUGGAAGAACAUUUCUUUUAAAUCGUACUCACGUGAUUCGGGACACGGUGGUUCUGAGCAAGAGGAAUCACCGCGUACACACAAUACAAUGACACUAGGCGGGCAUACAGGACGUACACGUGGCAGCAGUCGUCAAUUAAUGAACGACAAUUUAGAAAUAAACAAUAGAUCAUCAAGUAUCGGUGGAGUUGCCGGUGGUAUUGGAAGUGUCGGCGGACGGAGAGCAGCCUCACCCUACAAUCACACAUACACCGAAAUACGGGAUGGAAGUCGUAGCAGCACAGGAACUUCCGGUUAUCACGGCAACCAUACCCACGUUCAUUUAUCUCGCGGAUUGGUCGGUGAAGAUGAUCCUGUUUACGAGGAGAUUGAGCGAAACGGAAUAGGCGGCAGUGGAAGUGGAAGUGGAGUAAUUGGGGAAAUCCAAGUAUCCGACAUGUCUGAUGAAGACGGAAGACGACAGAGUGACAUGAGCCGGCAGUCAUCACGCAGUUACGGUGAUCAUCGGCCUCUAAUUCCAUAUUCGCCCGCAAACGAUAGAAAUUUUAUCCACUACGGGCAGUCAAUGGAUCGCAACAAUCUCCUGCAAUACGAACCCUCGCAAUACAGUCCCGCUCAAGAGCGAACGCUUAACGCCUGCUGGGAAAAAUUAAGGCGCCAACAGGCUAAAUAUGAGUUGGGCGAAAUGAAUAAUCGUUUGCAGUCAAGCACAUACGGGUUAUCGCAACAAGAUCACACGAGAACAGUUGCUGUAUUAGAUGGACACACUGUAGUUUGUCAUUUACAACCGCAAACGGACAUGUACACUGGACGUGGAGUACCACCGCCUUCGUACAGCGAGUGUUAAUAAAUCUAAAUAAACUGUGUUACGUGAUUAUGAUAUUUAAUUUUUUAAUCAGCAUAUAUUUAAAAGACAUUUAAAUAAAUAAAUAAUAAGAAUAAGAAUAAUAACUUUAAAAAUAGACUUUGAGAACGUCCUACCUCGGGCAAUAACUUCAUUAACGUUAGUCCAGGCUCAAUCAGUCGCCGUUCUUAAAAAAAAAAUAAUUAGUAAUAUUGAUAUUGAUAAAUAUUAACAAGUGAUUAAUUAUUUUUCGGAGGUUUUAGUUAUUUUUAUUAAUUUUUCGCAGGCCGAAAUCUGCAGGAAUGACUGCGUAGUCUUGAUAACACGGAGGAAUUUUAAAGUGAAGUGAGGCAUUUUUUUUUUGUUUAUUUUUUUAAUUAUUAAAUAAUAA